GAGGCCAAUCAGAGCUCUUCGUUUGCUCAAGAGAAAUACACCAGUAGCCAAUCCCGUUGUACUUAUAGAAAACGUUGAAACAAAAUGGCGCAGUCCAUAAUUCGAGCUAUCAGACGAGCUGUCCCACAGGACACUCGCUGCUUCCUGUCUGUGGCUUUACCAUGGUGUCAUGGUGGAUGUCACAGCCAUCACGUAGCUUGUACCAACCUGAGAUAUGUGCCGCGGCGCGCCGUGCUCUACUGCCCCGGCAAUGAUGAGAGGAAGCUGAGGAAACUGGCAUCGCUGCGUGGCCUAGAUUGUGCCGUAUUGGACUGUGAGGAUGGAGUGGCCCUUAGCAAGAAGACGGAGGCAAGGGAGACCAUCCCCAGGAUGCUGGCAGAGCUGGACCUGGGCAGGACAGAGAAGUGUGUGAGGGUCAACUCAGUGUCCAGCGGCCUGGCGAAUGCUGACCUACAGGUCAUCCUGCAGGCCGAGGUUCUGCCUCCAGCCCUGAUGCUGCCCAAGGUGGAGGACGCAGCGGAGGUGCAAUGGUUUGUUGGCAGGUUUCAGCACCACUUGAAUGGACGAGCGCUGACGGAGCCCAUUCGCCUGGUCACCUUUGUGGAAACCGCUGUGGGCCUGCUCAAUUUUAAGGUUGUAUGUGAGGAAGUACGUCGUCUGGCUCCUGCAGUUGGCCUACACCAUGACGGUGUGGUGUUUGGAUCCGAUGACUUCUGUGCCAGCAUAGGUGCCACGCGGACCAAGGAUGCCAGGGAGCUGCUGUAUGCCCGUCAGAAGGUGGUAGUGACAACCAAGGCCUUCGGUCUACAAGCCAUAGACUUGGUCUACAUAGACUAUAAGGACGGAGAGGGUCUACGACAGCAGGCAAGGGAGGGAGUUCUCAUGGGCUUCACAGGUAAGCAGGUGAUCCAUCCCAACCAGGUCCAGGCGGUACAGGAGGAGUUCUCACCCAGUCAGGAGAGGGUCCAGUGGGCUACAGAACUGAUUGCUGCCUUUGACGAGUACCAGAAGCUGGGAAAGGGUGCCUUCAACUUCCGGGGCAGUAUGAUCGACAUGCCCUCAGUGAAGCAGGCUCAGAACAUCGUAACGCUAGCUGCUGCCGUCACGGGGAAGUGAGGCGCUCUGGAAGAAGAUAUGGGGGGAGGAAAGAACAGAGGAGUGAAAUGAGGGGACGGAAAAACUAGACAAGUUGAGAGAGAGUGAGAAGUGUCACUUUUAUGUAUACGCUGGCAUUAGCGAGAGGUGAAUGUAUACCACCGGACACCCCAAAUACUUCGACCAGACAGGUUUAUCAGCUGGUAUCAAGCACCAACAUUUCAGAAACUUUGUACUAGGCCUGGUGUAUAGUCACUUAAAUUCUAGAUGUUUUUUUGUUUUGUUUUUAUUAAAUUGAUUAUUGUUGAUAAAUUAAAUGCAUUUGAUUAAUUUGUUCACUGAUAAAGCACUAAAUGUUUGAUAUUCAUAUCCUACGGUGUCUUUGUGGUAAGAAUGACAGGUUUACGGUUAAUGUUUUAGACUGAUGUUAAUGUUGUAAAGCAGGAUAUUAUUUGACACUUUCAUACUACUGACUGUGCCAAACUGCACUGCACUGCACUGGCCUGGUUGCGCAUGUACCAUAGUUGCUGGAACCAUGCUGGAAAGGGCAAUUUGAGAAGAAAAUAUCCAUGCCAGCACAUUACAGUUCGGGUUGGCACGAUGGUUGUGAAAAUACUAUUUAAGAAUUCCAGUUGUUUCAAUGGUAACCGACAUGAAAACUUCUACAGUUUACUAUAGAAUACUACAGUACUUACUAUAGAAUGAUGUAGUGAACUGUUGUAUCCUGUAGAAUCUGUAGUAUCCUUUGACACACUGUAGUAUCCCUCGAUCAUGUGUAGUACGUACUAUACAAUGUUGUAUACUAUAGUAAAUACUGCAGUAUACUACAGUCUGCAAAAACACAACAGUGAAGUCAGCAAAAAUACUACAGUAAUGCUACAGUACUUAAUUUGCCUAUACCCUCCCCAUUCCCCUCCCGCCACCCAUAAGUGAGAAGCCUACAUGCCAAGUAUAGACUAUAAUGUGUUCCCUACACGUUAUAAGAAAGAGCAGAAGCUAUGAAAUAUCUGUUCAGACCCCAGUCCAACCUACAUACAGGUUAUGGAAAAUGUGCUCUUAUUUGUCUAAUAGGUUUCCUCAAUGAGAAGAUCCCCACUUAUAUGUCAAAGAUUAUAAAACAAAAGCACUAUAGUGCUACAGUAAUACUACAGUAAUGUCCGCAAAACCACCACAGUAAUUACUACAGCAUAUAUACUAUAGUAAACAGUAGGUACCAUAACAUUAUUACAGUCUGCAAUUACUAUAUAUUUUUUAUUAUUGUAUUAUUUAACUAGGCAAGUCAGUUAAGAACAAAUUCUUAUUUUCAAUGACGGCCUAGGAACAGUGGGUUAACUGCCUUGUUCAGGGGCAGAACAACAUAUUUUUACCUUAUCAGCUUGGGGAUUCGAUCUUGCAACCUUUUGGUUACAGGUCAAACGCUCUAACCACUAGGCUACCUGCCGCCCCUAGGCUUCCUGCAGCCCCAAUACAACAGUGUUUAUACUAUAGUAAACUAUAGUAUUUUUUCAUGUGGUAAUGAAGCGUCCAGGAUUACACUAGGGGGUGCGGGAACUUUUUGGCAGUGCGUGUGCCUUUGCCUCCUGCCUCUCCUGGGUCAUGACAGAUGCUCACCCACCUCCAGGGUCCAGCUGGGUGAAAGGCUAAACAAACACAACAAGACGCUGUUGUUCUUCCAUUCAGGCUGGGCACUGUGGGCACACACAGACACAGACACAGACACACUCCUUCGGGCCCCAGCACUCAGCCCCACAUCAAAGCUCUGUUUGCUAAAGAGCCUUAACACAUUUAGUUAUAGCAACAAUCUGAGAUUUUGCUUCAGUCCUGUCAGUAAAGCUGAGGUCUUUGUGUGUGGACUGAGGGCCGAUGUUCUUCUUGAAGGGGCCGUAUUAAUACGAUUGAACUGGGCAUCAGGCUCUCACUGACCUCAGCACCAGAGAUGCAUACAAACCACGGAUUCAAACAGGCACUAACAUGUAAAUACAUGCACUGUCUCUGUGUAUCAUACACACAAACAUAUUCUCAAACACACACUUUGACCAUUUAUCGCAAAAUAAAAAAUUAACAAAUGUC